CAAACCCCGGCAACAGCCAAGUUGCCCGCGUGGCAGCCGGCUUGCAGAUCAAGAACUCCCUGACGUCCAAGGACCCCGACAUCAAGGCCCAGUACCAACAGAGAUGGCUCGCGAUCGAUGCCAACGCCCGCAGGGAAGUCAAGAACUACGUUUUGCAGACGUUGGGUACAGAAACGUACCGGCCCAGCUCAGCCUCUCAGUGCGUGGCCGGCAUCGCCUGUGCGGAGAUCCCCAUGAACCAGUGGCCCGAACUCAUUCCCCAGCUGGUAACGAACGUUACGAAUCAGCACAGUACAGAGCACAUGAAAGAGUCGACGUUGGAGGCCAUUGGAUACAUCUGUCAGGAUAUCGAUCCAGAGCAGCUUCAGGACAAAUCCAAUGAGAUCCUGACAGCCAUCAUCCAGGGAAUGAGAAAGGAAGAGCCCAGCAACAAUGUGAAGCUAGCAGCUACUAAUGCACUCCUGAACUCUUUGGAAUUCACCAAAGCAAACUUCGACAAAGAGUCUGAAAGGCACUUUAUUAUGCAAGUAGUCUGUGAAGCAACACAGUGUCCAGAUACAAGGGUACGAGUGGCUGCCUUACAGAAUUUGGUGAAGAUAAUGUCCCUUUAUUAUCAGUAUAUGGAGACAUACAUGGGUCCUGCGCUUUUUGCUAUAACUAUUGAAGCAAUGAAAAGUGACAUAGACGAGGUGGCUCUACAGGGGAUAGAGUUUUGGUCAAACGUCUGCGAUGAGGAGAUGGACCUGGCUAUAGAGGCAUCUGAGGCAGCAGAGCAAGGAAGGCCUCCAGAGCACACUAGCAAAUUUUAUGCGAAGGGAGCACUACAGUACUUGGUCCCAAUUCUUACACAAACAUUAACAAAACAGGAUGAAAACGAUGAUGACGACGACUGGAACCCCUGCAAAGCAGCAGGAGUCUGCCUCAUGCUCCUGGCGACCUGCUGUGAAGAUGACAUUGUUCCUCACGUACUGCCCUUUAUUAAAGAACACAUUAAAAAUCCAGACUGGCGAUACAGAGAUGCAGCUGUGAUGGCUUUUGGGUGCAUUUUGGAAGGACCAGAACCGAACCAGCUCAAACCACUAGUCAUACAGGCAAUGCCAACUUUAAUAGAACUAAUGAAGGACCCCAGCGUUGUGGUUCGAGACACAGCUGCUUGGACUGUGGGCAGGAUCUGUGAGAUGCUUCCUGAAGCUGCCAUCAACGACAUUUACCUCGCUCCGCUGCUGCAGUGUCUGAUGGAGGGCCUGAGCGCCGAGCCCAGAGUGGCCUCCAACGUGUGCUGGGCCUUCUCUAGUCUUGCUGAAGCUGCCUAUGAAGCUGCAGAUGUAGCUGAUGAUCAGGAAGAACCAGCAACCUACUGCUUAUCCUCUUCAUUUGAGCUAAUAGUUCAGAAGCUUCUGGAGACUGCAGAUAGACCUGAUGGACACCAGAAUAACUUGAGGAGUUCUGCAUAUGAAUCUCUGAUGGAAAUAGUGAAAAACAGUGCCAAGGACUGUUACCCUGCUGUCCAAAAGACAACUCUGGUCAUCAUGGAACGACUUCAGCAAGUGCUGCAGAUGGAGUCUCAUAUCCAGAGCACUUCCGACAGAAUCCAGUUCAAUGAUCUUCAGUCUCUUCUUUGUGCUACUCUACAGAACGUCCUCCGGAAGGUCCAGCACCAGGAUGCUUUGCAAAUCUCCGACGUGGUGAUGGCAUCUCUGCUGAGAAUGUUCCAGAGCACGGCGGGCUCGGGGGGCGUGCAGGAGGAUGCCCUGAUGGCAGUCAGCACCCUGGUAGAAGUCUUAGGUGGAGAGUUUCUGAAGUACAUGGAUGCCUUCAAACCGUUCCUUGGCAUUGGACUGAAGAACUAUGCUGAGUACCAGGUUUGUCUGGCUGCAGUGGGCCUGGUUGGUGACUUAUGCAGAGUCCUGCAAUCCAACAUCUUGCCUUUUUGUGAUGAGGUUAUGCAGCUGCUCCUGGAGAACUUGGGGAACGAAAACGUUCAUAGGUCUGUGAAGCCUCAGAUUCUCUCGGUGUUUGGCGAUAUUGCCCUUGCCAUCGGAGGAGAAUUUAAGAAGUACCUAGAUGUUGUACUGAAUACCCUCCAGCAGGCAUCCCAAGCGCAGGUUGAUAAGUCUGACUACGACAUGGUGGAUUACCUGAACGAGUUGAGGGAGGGCUGCCUGGAAGCUUACACUGGCAUCAUCCAGGGAUUGAAGGGAGACCAAGAAAAUGUGCACCCCGAUGUGAUGCUGGUGCAGCCCAGAGUAGAAUUUAUUCUGUCUUACAUUGACCACAUUGCUGGAGAUGAGGAUCACACCGACGGAGUAGUGGCGUGUGCUGCAGGACUGAUAGGGGAUUUGUGUACAGCGUUUGGAAAAGAUGUACUGAAAUUAGUAGAAGCUAGACCCAUGAUACAUGAACUGCUAACUGAAGGAAGAAGAUCCAAGACGAACAAAACAAAAACCCUCGCUACCUGGGCGACUAAAGAACUGAGAAAACUGAAGAAUCAAGCUUGAUCUGUUACCAUUGGGAUGACACCUGAGACCCCCACUGGAAAUCUCCAAUCUUUU